CCGCAUCCUUCACCCCUGCACCUUUUUGGACAAGCCCAACUUGAAACUGUGUGUGAGAGAGAAUGGAUGAUUGGUCCAGAGAGAGAGGAAUAAGAGCCUCUAUCAUACACUGCCUGUGUGAUAGACACGUCCAGUGUUCCCUUGACAACCCAUUCUCCCUACCCAAUCAGUAGAAUUACUGUAGACCCCCUCCCUCCCCAAGCCCUCUGCUUCCUGUGCCAUUUCCUGUGUGAUAGCUCUUAGCUGGAUGAAUAGGAUUAUAUUUUCAUUAUUAUUCAUUAUUAUAUUUGACUUUAAUUGUAGAUCUUAACUCUGAAUGUGCGUCUGUCUUUUUAGCCCGUUUUCAGUCAUCCAGGUACUAGUUCACCAGAUUGUUAGAGUGGAGUUGAUAAGGCACUGUUACCAGUCUAUAGUUUAAAUACCUUCCAAUCACUCUGUGAAAAGGGCAGUGGACAGUAAAAUGUCGUUUGUGUAUGUCCUCUAGGGAAGCGUGAGGUCCCUGAGUUUAGAAGUGGAAGAUUGCUAAUCCCUGUUUGUCUCCCUUGCCCUCGGUGCUAAAUUACACCGUGGCUAUAUAGCAAUAAAGGCCAUUUGUACAAACCUCUCUAGCCCCCUCUACAACACAUCUCACACACACGCACGCACGCACGCACGCACACACACACACACUCCCAUAGUUAAUUUUAGCUUGCUAGCACCCUAAGCACUGAAGCACUAUCAUGAGAUGGACAUACUCACAAGGGGUCUUGUUGAUGAAUGAAAUCAUAUCUAAUACUCUCUGGGCUAACAAGAUUAGAAGGGUAGCACACAAUUGCAUACUCACAUACAUGUUCACAACACACACACACACACACUGGGGUGGGGGGGUGGGGGGGCAGGGGAAUCAGAUGUGGUCUGAUUGUUCUGCUCUGACCUGAUUUGGGAAAGGAAAGGGACUCGGUGCCUUAUCCACUCCACAUCAAGAGAAGAGAAAAGGUGUAGGCUUGGAGAUGGAAGUGUAUGUUUAGUAUUUGUGUGUGUGGAGUUUGUGUACUCUGUGUUUGUGUGUGUAUAUAGGACAGUUAUCGCAGAACAUUACAGUAUUGUACACAACUUGGGGUGUUCGACAUUUCUCUCCUGCAGCGAAUUGGCCCCUAUUAGCUAAGCAGCAAUGACCCGGUUUGUAUUUGCACGCUCCGCUUUCCUACUCCCAUCUUUUAGGGUUUCCUUGUAACGCUUCUCUUACUGUCUCUCUAUCACUCUUUCUAUCUUCACAUCGCUCUAUGUCUUUCUGCUCUCUCAAUCAAUCUUCUCUCAGUUCUUUUCAUGCAUCUAUGUUCAAACAAUUCUUUCUCUCUCUCUACUACACAGUGAUUCGGUGUACAGUACCCUCUGUCAUUCUGUGCUGGCAUGGUGCUUGUGCAACUGGGACUGCAUUUUUCGCUGACGAGGCACAUGGAUAAUAUCGCAGGCAGCUCUUUUCUCUCGCUCUCCCUUCCAUCUCUCCCUCCAUCUUUCUCUCCGUGUCUCUCUCUCUCUCUGAAGCACCACGGAGAGCAGGCCUGAACUCCACUCUUGUCUCCACAACAUCUAUCCCCUCUCCUCCUCAGGGCAUAGUGGAUGUCCCCUGACUCCAACUGAUUCUGAGCAUCUCAAGGCACAACAGAACAGUAUCUUAGCCCAGCUGCUUUGAGAGUUCAUAGCGAGAGUUCCAGCUGCAUUGAUAAAUAAAGCUUUACUUACAAGUAGGUACGAAGAGGGUUUUUUUAGGCUUUAAAAAAACCCUAUACACAGCCAGUCUACAUCGAAACGCCACACACCCACACAACUAUACCGCUAGACGUUGAGAGCUAGCCUUAACAUGUAGCUAUAACAAAGCCAAAUUAUUCAGCCAGGCACUCUGGUGUAAAUAAUCCUGUGUCUGUUCUGUUGUGAGGCACAUAGACAGCAGUAGUAACAACAGCGGUAACAGCAAGGUCAGUCUGUCCUUCUCCUAGCUCUGUUAUCCUGCUGCUCUGAAAGCAUUACUAAGCCAUGCUAAAAAGGCUUCCUUUAUGAAAUGUGAGGGAGAAACUCCUGUCUGGCCCUGACCAUUUCUCCAUAGGCCUUCAUGUGACUCAUAUAUAUACCCUGAUGGGUUGUCAUGGUGGGCGAUUUGACCAAACCAAGCUGAGCCACGUAGCACCAACCCACUCACUGGCUUAGGAGCCCACUGAGUGGGCGGUAGAGAGGAGUGGAGAGGAGAGCAGGAGAGGUGGCCUGCCUACCUGGGUAAAGUGGCUCUGUUGCUCCUGCGCUAUUGUCUAUGGAGGGGCGCUGAGAGCCGGGCUGCAGCACGACUGCCCCUGACACACGUGGAGAGAGAGCGAGGACUGUCACUUCAACCACAGACGCAUGCGCUCACAUAAUGCGUAUUUCUCACACACACCAAACCUUUAAUUUCAGUGAAGUUGCAGUUGAUCAGCUUUGAAAUUUCACAGUUAGGCCUGUCUGAUUUAUAAAAGGCUGUAACACACUCACCAACAUCAGCCGACCCCCCCCCCCCCCCCCCCCUACUCCAGCAGCAGUGUCAUGGCUCUGGGGUGACGGGGGCCAGUGACAGUCGUCAGCGUGUCUCACGGAGCUGGCUGUGUGUGCAGCGCCCGCACCUCUCUGCGCCCCUCCCCUACCACUCGUGUGUGUUCUGAUCUGUAGGCAGCUAGAGGUCUGUGGUACUUUACUGGGAUCUGUUUUCUCUCUCUGUCUUUCCCCUCUGUUCUCUCGCUCUUUCUCUAACAAUGGUUUUUGCAAUGCAUGUGUUAACUGGGUAUCAUUCGGUACUAGCUCUCUCACACUCUGUCCUAAUCACAACACCUUUUCCCCUCCCCUCUCCCAUUUCUCCAAUGUCCCCUACCCCUGUUCCCUCCUCCAAAUCCCUGGCCCUGAGAGAGCAAUGCAGUGGGCAGCCUCAGACACACACAAACACACGUUCACACACACACACACAAGAGCAAACUCUAUUUAAAAAACACCUGUGCACAAACUGUUCUGGCUUCGAACUUGAGAGAGAAGAUUGGUUUCACACCAUGCCAUUUCACAUGAUACUUUCCGGCCUUUUACCUUUGGCUACUGAGACACUGCACCAAGCCAGGGUCCGCUACAUCACAGCACCACUGGCAACAAUAUUCAGUUAGAAUCAAACCUCAGUCAGAUUAGAAGGAAACGUACAUGCCCAGGGAUUUAUGACAGGUCAAAAGUCAUACAUCACCCUCUCAUGGUGGAGUACGACUGCAGUAGCACACUGACCCCUGCCCACCCUCUGUAUGUUAUCACGGGUGCUAACAGCCAUUUGGUGUCUCUCUGCUCUGGGUCCAGGUGCUGACAUCAUCAAGAUGAGGUGGGUCUGACAGACUGUGACGGUGUACCAACUACUUAAAGGCUAUGUUGUUGUUCACAUCCAUGUAUCAACAGAGCUGUAGGUGUCUUUGAAAUGAUCAACCUUGUAUAGGUGUUUUUUCACUGCCACCCACACGCGCAACAACAUUGCUUGCUUGCUCGCCCACACACACACACACACACACACACACACACACACACACACACACACACACACACACACACACACACACACACACACACACACACACGCCGAGCCUAGAGGAACACACAAUUAUACGCACAGACUACUGUGCUGUUGCUCAGGCACCAGCUGUGUCUUUCUCCAUGCUGUGUUAGUGUUACACUCCCACCACCUCCCAGCCUUCAUUUGGGAAAAUGAGCCCCUGGAAGAUUACCAAGGGAAAGGUCAAUUGCCAUCAGUCACUCGUCCCCUUUACAACCCUGACCCCGCAUAGGGCUCCAUCUCUAUUUAGCACCAGCUCCAACACUGCAAGGGGCAGACUGACGAGGUCAGUUAGAUGUUUUUAAGGUCAUUGAUGGUAAUGGAUCCAAUGACCCAGACCAAGUCUGUCCACCGUUUAAGUCACAACUCCUCAAGGUCAACUGAACAAACCCAAGGUUAGGUAACAACUGCUCUCCAAUAUGGUGGUGCUAAGAGGGCAGGGCCUUGGUUGGAAGGUGUCUGUUCUAUUUGGCCUGAGUCCCUUGAGGCCCAUGCAGGGACCGUUGUUUCCAUUUAGUCACACCUAUCUGAGCCUCAGCAGGGAGGAAUGUGAACGUUCAAGGCAGACAGACAGAGCGCCAAGGACAGCGGAGCUGGAAAUAGAGCUUUACAAGGAAGAGCAGAGCUGCCCCCCUGCUCUGUCCAACAGACCCGGCUCCACAAUACUCCUGUAAAAACACACAUUCCACAGGGGGACGAGAGCAGGUGACGCCUGACUGCCACCCUCUGUUUUCUACUGUCACAGUUACUCACUCACUCACUCACUCACACAGAGAUAAUCAUAUUAAAUAUGACCCAAGUUUUGGUUGAUAUUUUUUCUGAUAUUAUUUUCUGGUUAAGUGGAUUAGCGUGCUGUCUGUCCUGUGGGUUAAGGCCUCAGACAGUGAUGGUGCAGUAAUCCCUAUUAAUUUACAAUUGGCUCAUUCAUCCCCCUCCUCUCCCCUGUAACUAUUCCCCAGGUCGUUGCUGCAAAUGAGAACGUGUUCUCAGUCAACUUACCUGGUAAAAUAACGGUAAAAAAUAAAAAUAAAAAUAAAACCUCCCAUAUAAUGCAAGGGGCUUCUGAACCCCAGUGUGAGGCUGACACACAGACAGCGUCUACUACACACACACACACACACACACACACACACACACACACACACACACACACACACACACACACACACACACACACACACACACACACACACACACACACACACAGAAAAUGACACCGUCAGCAUCACUAGGUUUGAAGACUCCUGGUAUGGUGCCCCCUGUAUACCUCUUCCUUCCUAUACCCCCAUCUAUUUGGUUUUACCCUCCCUCCACCUCUCCCCUCCCAUGCACUGUGUCAAUAACAGCACAAUGCACAUUACCCUCCCUACCAACACUCGGUGUGGAUUUCUCUUGUUUGGAUAACAUUUUCUUUUUAUUUCUCCUAUAACAGUAAUCAUUCAAUCAGUGAGUUUAUUGACAUGCCUAGUUACCACAUUUAUGUUUUGUGUACAGUGUUUUAUACAUUCUUUAGGGCAAAAUAAAGAUUUUAGCUCUUUUAAUAAGAAAAGGAUAGAAAACAAAUUGCAGUUGAAAGCGUUAGUGACUGGCCGGUUUCUUACAUUGUGUCACGUGUGACUGUUCUUUUGACAGCCCAGUAUUUUAAAGCCAGGAUAACAUUGGGCACCGGCUGCUUCAGAAACAUGGCUGGAAGCUGGGGCAAGGACUGGGCAAAACCAUGCAGGCGAUUUGAUCCUGCCCAUGUUGUGCUGAUGGUAAACUUAGUGGUAAAUGUUAUUUUUCCCCCGAUUGAAUUGUUUUUAUUUUGUUUCGUUUUUUCCCCUCCCAUUUCUUUCAUUUGUUGUUUUCCCGUCAUCAGAGCACCAAUGCUAUAUAGGCUUUCAAUUCUCUCUCAGUAUUAGUACUCAUUCUGCUGCUUGUAUAUUAUCAUAUAUACAUCUACAUUACUCUUACAAACAUUCUCAUUUUGUUUUCAGUUUUUUACAUUUUUUGUACCUUUGUGAUUCACACUGUGAUUUAGAUGCACACUUUUUUUGUCCGGUCCCUUUGUUGUCCACUGGAAUGGGUAAUGCUGAAGGUAUUGUCACUGUGUUUUUAAAGAUGGUUAUAGUUGGGGACAUCUUCUGUAAUUGUAAAAAAAAAUCGUAUUUCAUGAAGAUUAGGUGCCUGGAUUGUGACUCCUCCCCCGUGUUCUCAGUGAACUUGUCCAUUGGUGGAGAGCUUUACUGCAGUGGUCUGUCUGUCUGUGGGCUGGUCUCAAGCAGUCCCCCUUGUGGUUGGACUGCUCAAUAUUCACUCUAAUAGUCUAGGUCCAUCAAACUCAACUCUGGACCUCGACGCUAGUUCCACUGUGUUUUCAUUGUUCCCCUCUAAUUAGGGACUGAUUUAGACCUGGGUGCAAUUAAUUAUUAGGUAGACCAGAAAACCAGCUCCAGAUCACCAAGGGUGAAAGGCUCUGCAUUGUCAUUUGGACGUCUGCAUUGACUGUGCAGCAUUUAUGGUGAUACGGCCUCUGCGGAAGUCAGGGCAUUGAUACUUCUUGCUCUUCAGGGAGCAGCGCAGAGCUGUUGUCAAGGAAGUGAGUUUGUGUUUUAUACAGGAUCUCCCACCUACUGUCAACCAAUCAUGUCAAUGGGGAGCUAUACGGAGCCCUCCAUUGUUACAAAAUUUGAGGGGCGCACGGCGAUGCGGUACGGAGCUCAAUUUGGCAAUUGCGUCACACACCACCAUACGGCGCCGAGACCACAUUUUCAGAUCAUAAAUAGGCUGAACGAGUUAGUAUGAGACCAUGUGCCUUAAUGUGUCCAACCGGCAGACAGACACUGUAGUGGGGUUUGGAGUCCAGACAGGCCCUUAUUUGAUCCACAUGCGGCUAUAAUUUAAGAAUUAGGAUUAUACCAUUGGGCUGUGACCAUAACAAUGAUACAAGAACAAUUCAGAGAACAGACAGAUGUUAACAGAGAGGAUUCAAAUUGUUUGUUUUUUUGCCCCAUGGGCUAGGAAUUAAUUAGUCUCACAUCUGUAUUCUGGCACUAAUGAAUACAUUAGGUAUGUAAGCCUAUGCUGCUGCCCUGUUAUGCCAAUGCUGAUUAUCAUGCUGGCUUCCAUUGCAAUAGAAGACUGUAGUCAGUCGGCACGUAAGACCUUAGUCACUGUAUUAUCACUAGCCCCUUUUAAUAUGUCUGGUUUUAUGCGUUCAGACCGCUAAUGUCGUUACAGCCCUACAUUAUUAGUUAUCACAUGAUUUAAGAUCCAAACCUACACUUAGUUUCAGAAUGAGAGACUACAGUCUAUCCUCCUCACUAGUGAGGUAGGGGGGCAUGUGGAUUAGAAUUAAGCAAUAAGGCACGAGGUGGUGUGGUAUAUGGCAAAGAUACCACGGCUAAGGGCUGUUCUUACUUACGACGCAACACAGAUUUCCUAGAUACAGCUGUUAGCCGUGGUAUAUUAGCCAUAUACCACAAACCCCCAAGGUGCCUUAUUGCUAUUAUAAACUGGUUACCAAUGUAAUUAGAACGGUAAAAAUAAAUAUUUUGUCAUACCCGUGAUAUAAGGUCUGAUAACCACGGCUUUCAGCCAAUCAGCAUUCAGGGCUCGAACCACCCAGUUUAUAAUAGCUAAUAGGUUGUGCUAUGUGGAAAUAAUAGUUAGUCAUUAUUUGUUUCCAAUUGUGGAUUUGUUAAUUCCUAGCCCUGUUAACUAAAGACAAGCAUCUUUAAAAUGUUCAUAAUCGCUCUUGCCCAAGGGUAUAAACUGAGUCUAAAAUCGAUCAAGAGGAUAAUACCGUAAUCUUGAGUAAGGAGAGAGAGAAAAAAAACUGAAACCAAACUGAAGUGCUGAUUGGACUCUGAUUUACUAUGUACCUGGCUGCCAACCAACAGCCAUUGCUGCAGCAGACUAGUCCAAAUUCUGUUUUGUGCCUUUUUGUUUUGAGAACCCCUGUCUGUCCAACCCCACCCCAUACCCUAUUUUCUCAGGUAAGUAUCCCCUCCCCUGCAAUGUCACCAUGGCGAUUCCUGGCCUGUGACGUCACUCCGCUGUAGUUCAGUGCUUGUCCUUUAUUUACUCCCUCUCUCUCUCUCUCUCUGCUUCGUUUGGCUGAUUAUGAGUGGAUUAAGCAAUUACGUGUCAAAUCUCCAACAUAGUUUUGAUCUUUUUCUGUUUCAUUCUGUUUUCUGGUUGUUUUUGGUUGGUUCAUUUAUUUUUCUAAAGUUAAUUUCCUUCUUAUCUAGCUCUUUUCACAGCUUACGUAACAUGGCUUAAGUAGACUGAGGGAAAGUGGGGGAGAGCCUGUUAGGCCAGGGCCAUGAUGAGAGGCCUGGGUUAGAGGGGGAGCUGAGGCUGGGUCUCCUAUGGGACAGUACAGGGGGUUGUGGGGUCAGUCACUGGGCAGUUCAGAGCCGGGUGAUGGGGAGGCUGUACUUUGUUGUCGCAGUGGUGUUCUGCUCAGUAAUCUGUAGCAGCUGCGUCAGCCAGCCCCUCCGGCAGUAUUGUCCUUGGUAAACUUGGCGUUCUUGUUGAACAGGACUGCUGUACUGGAGGAGGGAGGGGAGAGAGAGGCUACGCUCAGUAGUAGAGACUGGAGGGAGACACAGAGAGACUGCGACAGAUACGGGCUUAAACCCUGUCCUUGCCACUCCGUUUUUGUCCAGUAUACUUUAUCCCUCCAUUUCCUUUUCCCCUCCCUUAUCCAAAUGGACGUCUCUGAACUGCUCAUAUGGCCUCUGCUGGUUACCUCUUAGAACUAGGAUCAGUGCAGCAAUUUGGAUGCAUCUUUCUAGAAAGAGAACCCAGCUGAGAAGUAGUCAGGGUACUUAAGCUGUGCCGUGGCUAUGGUAAGCUGUGAGAAUGGCUGGUGUUUGGUUCACUGUAGCUUUUCUGGUCUCUUUGCACUUCAAGGCAAUAUUAUCUAACCCCAGCACCCUGUGCUCUAAAAGCAGGCUGUCCCUGAGCUGUCCCCUCAUCCCAGUGUCAGAGCCUCACCUCCCCCUCUCUCUGUCUCUCUCCCUCCAGGACGCACUGACCCUGUGCCCAUCAUCCUCAAAUAUGAUGUCAUGGGGAUGGGACGCAUGGAGAUGGAGUUGGACGUUGCCGAAGAUGCUACAGAGAAGAGGAAAGUGCUGGAGGUGGAGAAGGAAGUCACAGAGGAAUUACAGCAGAAAUACAAGGACCAGGUGGAAAAGGAGAAGGCCAUCGCUAAAGCCCUGGAAGAUCUGAGGGCCAACUUUUACUGUGAGCUGUGUGAGAAACAGUACCAGAAGCACCAAGAGUUUGACAACCACAUCAACUCGUACGACCAUGCUCAUAAGCAGAGGCUUAAGGAGCUGAAGCAGAGGGAGUUUGCGAGAAACGUGUCAUCACGCUCCCGGAAGGGUGGGAAGAAGCAGGAGAAGCUGCUACGCAGGCUGCAUGAGCUGGCUGAGCAGAGGAAACAGCAGAACCGUACCCCGGGAAGUGGUCCCAUGUUCAAACCCACCACUGUGGCAGUAGACGGGGAGAAGGGUGAAGAGGGGAGUGCUGUAACCACCGAGUAUGUUCCCCCUGCAGACACUGCCAUGGAGGGCUUGUCAGGGGAGGAGAAGAGCAGUGGGGGUCAGGCCUCCCCCAAACCAGCCCCCACCGUCAGCUUCUCCCUGGGGAAGAGCAGCUCAUCCCCGGCCGGGGCCUCCAAGGUCAGCGUGUCCUUCUCCUUCGCCAAGAAACCCCCGGUGAAGCUGGAGACGGUCGCAGCAGUGUUCGCUAAACUCCAUCAGGAUGAUGAGGAGGAGGGGGGGGGACAGGAGGAGGGAGGGGAGAAGUCCGUUGGACAGGAGGAGACGUCAGGCUGCAGCACCGAGAGUCCCAAGGGAGGAGGAGGGGGGAAUGGAACAGCAGGGCCAGAGGAGGAGGAGCAGCAGGAGGAGCAGCAGGAGGAGCAACUACAUCAAGAACAACCAGAGCAGGAGGAAGAGGAUGAUGGCGCCUCCCUAGCCUCCACUCUCAACAAGCUGAAGAUGAUGAUGAAGAAGGAGGAAGGCUGGGCCGGCCAGGAGCCUGAGUACUACCACUACAUCCCACCAACCCACUGCAGAGUCAAACCCCGCUUCCAGUUCCUGGUGUUCAUGAAGGCCACAGACCAGUGUGAGAUCAGGGAGCAAGAAGAAGAAGAUGAAGAAGAGGUGGAAGAGAAGAAGACCGAGAAGGUGGUAGCAGAGGUUUCUGAGCAGACACAGCCAAAAGCUACUGAGUGCAAAUCAGAAGAGCCAGAGAAGACUCCUGCAGCUCCAGUCACAGAGCCCACUCCUACUCCCACAUCACCUAAACUGAAGACUGAAGAGGCCUCUGCCAGCUUCACAGACCCCCCUCCCACAACGGCCCCCACUAUAGUACCAGACAACAAGCAGGAGGCCCCAGUCCCAGAGCCGAACUCGGGCCCCAAAAUCCCCACCGGUCCCUUCUUCCUGGUCCUGAGCAAAGACGAGAGCACCACUCUGCAGUGGCCCUCGGAGCUGCUGGAUUUUACCAAGGCUCAGCCCGCCCUCUCUUACAGCUGCAACCCCCUGUACUUCGACUUCAAACUGUCCCGCAACAAAGGGGGCCGUGCUGGACGAGCAGCAAAGUCCUCCAAGCCCGCUGGUGAAGGAGCUGAGAAAAAAAACAAUCCUGAGGCAGCUGCUGCAGUCAACGAGAGGAAUGCUGCUGCUGCCACCACCACCCCUGGGCCCAGCACUGAAUACACUGAUAAGGAGCAGCCCUCCUUAAAAAUAGAGGGUUCCCAAGGGGAGACUGAGGAGCAAAAGCUACAGAGUAGCACAAGCGGAGCCAAGAAGAAGAAAAAGAAGAAGAAGAAGAAGAAGCAUAAGAAAUCUGGCAAAGGCUCCAAGUGCAAAGAAAAAGAGAAGGGAGCCAUAGUGGACGGGGACGCGGAAACUGCGAUCCUAGGAGAGAAAACCAAAAAGAAGAAAAAACACAAACGAAAGAAGAGCAAAAACAAAGGUGAGGAGGGGGAAGGAGGAGGUGGUGGUGGUGAUAAGGAAAAGCCUAAAGAAGAAAAAGCAACAGUUUCUAGUGCUCCCCCAGCACCAGCAGGAACAGGAACGGAACCUGGGAAGAGGAAACGACCAGCCAAAGAAGCACUUCAGAAGUCCGGGACAGAGGAAGGUGGGGCAGGGAAAGGCUCUGACGAGGCCAAGCCCUCUGAGGAGCACAACGGCACCAAGCGUCUGAAGACAGACCCCAGCGCCCCACCUAGCGCUUCCUGCUCCUCCUCGGCCCAGAAGAGCCCCGGGCCAGGCAGACCACCCAGCAGUGAGAGUGAGGAGGAAGGAGGUGGAGGCUCGGCUUCCCGAUCCAGCCGCCGCAGGUCCACGCCCCGAGAGGGGCGCCGGCACCAGAGCGAGGACUCCGGCCGCUCCCGAAGCCGCUCGUCGCGUCGGGGAGAUGGGCGAGGGAGCAGCCGGCGGCGACACCGCGGCCGGGCCUCCCGUAGUCAGUCAGACUCCAGCAGCUCAGAGCGCUCCUCGAGCGCCUACAGCCGGCGCAGCCGCAGCUACUCAGACAGUUACAGUGACGACAGUGACGGGGGGCGCCACCGGAGACACUCUAAACGCUCCUCUGACUCCGAGUACGAUCGACGGGGAAGCGGCGGGCGGCGGCGCUCCAGAAGACGUCACUACUCGUCCUCGUCCUCAGAGGACUCUCGCUCCCGCUCACGCAGCCACAGCCGCAGGAAGAGGCACCAGCGGCGGCACCGGAGCAGCUCUCGGAGCUCUAGCAGCAGGAGUCGCAGCAGCAGCACCAGGUCGUGGAGACGCAGCUACAGCCGCAGCCACAGCUCAGCCAGCCGCUCCUCCAGCUCCACCAAGGGCUCCCCUCACCGGGGUCGUGGAGGCCAGGGGGGCCACAGGGGCCGGGCAGACAGCGCCACAUGCCGCCGAGACUUCAACCGCUCCUGCAUCUACCGCUCCCAGUCCCCCCGCUCUGCCUCAUCACGAGCCACAAACCGCAACAGCAGCUCCCAGAGCCAGAGGGCAGGGGGGUCCCGGGGAGGAGGAGACCAGAGGAACUCUUCCUCACACUUCACCGCCCGCCAGCUUCUGGAUAAGAACCAGUCCAGGAAGGGAUCUGAUGUCCCAACCACAGGGACCAAGUCUGGCGCCAAGAUCAAGGACCCACCAUCGGGCUACUUUGGGCCCAAACUGCCUCCAGUUCUGGGCAAUAAGUCCAUGCUGCCCCUGUUCGGUAAGCUGCAGGCAGGUAAGAAAUUCCCUGCGAUCUCCCUGACCCGGCCCGAUGGUGGAGAGAAGUCAUCAGCAGGGAAAGGUUCAGAUGCCGGGGGAGAGGUCAUCCUGAUGGAGCCCAUCCGGGAGUUCCCCCCACCGCCUCCCCCUCAACCAGCUCAUAAGCAAGUGGAGGAGACAGUAGUAGUAGUUCAGGAGGCCCGCCACCUCACCCUGGACGCACGGGUACUUCAUGAGCCCCGGCCGCUGUUCGAUCAGGAGCCCUCCAUGCUGAUGCCCCCAUACCAGGGCGAGCCGGGACAGGACCCCUCCCAGAACCCCAUGAUGGAGCCCCUCAUGCCCGACAUGCAGCAGCAUCCACCCCCCAUGCACGCCUACCCCAACUACCCCCCGCCCAGCCUGGAGGAGGAGGACAUGGGCAUGGAGGCAGAGGAGGAAAGUCUGGCCCCGCUGGAGAGCCAGCCCAUCACCUUCACCCCAGAGGAGAUGGAGAAGUACGGCAAGCUGCAGCAGGCCGCCCAGCAGCACAUCCAGCAGCAGCUCCUGGCCAAGCACAUCAAGACCUUCCCCUCAGCCGCAGCAGCUCAGGCUGCAGCGAACAUGGCUGCAGCAGCUAACCAUCUGCAGCAUGCACCCCCUCCCCCCCAGCAGCAGAUGAUCCAGAUCCACCAGCCUGCCGUGUCUGCAGCCUCGGCUACCUCCAUCACCACAGUACAACACCUCAUCCAGCAGCACCAUGCUGCUCAGGCUGCAGCCAUGGGCAUCCACCCACACGGCCCCCAUCCGCACCCCCAGUUAGCCCAGGUCCACCACAUCCCCCAGCAUCACCUCACCCCCAUCUCCCUGUCUCACCUGGGACACUCUCUAGGCCACACUCUGGGCCACCAGUUGGGAGUGGGACACGCUGGACUGAUCCCUGCCCACCACACGGCCUUCCUCUCUGGCCAGCCCAUACACAUUAUCCCAGCCUCAGCACUUCAUCACCACAGCCCCUUAGCCCUCCACCACAUACCACACUCAUCCCUCUACCCAACUCUGUUCGCCCCCCGGCACUCUAACGCCGCUGCGGCAGCCGCACUGCAGCUCCACCCCUUCCUGCACCCCAUCUUCUCAGGGCAGGACCUACAGCACCCCCCUAACCACGGCUCCUGAGAAAGACCUUCACUAGAGCCAUGUGUCCACAUCAGAGGAGGGUGUUUUGGCCAGAGCAGGCCUGGUUAAACAUCUGAGUUAACAUGGAGAGAGGGAGGUGUAGUGGCACCAUUGUGCAGCAGGUGAUGUUGAGAAUAUCAUCAAAAUGGCCACCAUUAGACCACUGGCCAGACAGAGGUGCUGUGAUAUGCUGCCUGUGCAGAGGUAAACAACAGACAUUUACUGUGGGCUCUUUGAAUGGACCCCUCCGAACAGUUGACUGACUUUCACCCUGAGGUUUCUGGACAGGGUGGAGGAGGGUUUGAGGCAACCUCAAAUCUAAGACGGCAGUUUGUUUUGAAUGGGAACCCAGUUUUAAAAAAAGGGGAAAAAAGCAGAAACCUCUGGAGUAUUUUUUUUUUUGUCCCACAGUUUAUAACUGAUUGUUGCUGUAAAUGUUCUUCUUUGUUUUCUACAGCCAAAGACACGCAGUGGCUGAAGCCAUAAGCAGGAUGGUGUAGUGGGAAUGGAAAGGGGGAGAUGAGAUGGUGACAUGGGGGGGUUUAGGGUGACAUCCAUGACUGGAAACAGCCUUGACUUAGUAAUGUAAUCUGGUGGCUCUAGUCUACUGCCUGAAUUCUGUUGUCAUUAAUAUCUAAUGUUCUCACAUGACUACUUGCUCUCUUCAUGACCCGUAAUAUUCACCAACAAUUUGUAAUACGGUAUAGAGUACAUAGAUCACUGAGCAAUGUGAAGUAUCCCUCUAAUAUGAUAGGGAUGUUCUUUAUUACUGACUAAUGACAUGUUGCCCAUAAGGAAAUUAAAAUGGUCACUGGUGGGGGAACACCGAUAAGAGGUUGGGUGAAGCUCAUGUUUUAUUAGAGGUACUGUGGGGGGGUCACACCCUCUUAGUGCUGUAGGGUUAAAGGUCAUGUUGUUCCAAGUGGUAGUGGUUGUAUAUCGAAAUGACUUGCACUGAAAUCUGUACAUCAAGAUGCUGCUUUCGCAUCAUGUAACAAAUGUAUGAUUGUAGUAUACUGCAAUAAUUGUAUUUUUUUUGUUUCUAAAUUAUUUUCCAAAAUGCUCCUCAAUGUUUUUCCUCUUGUGUAAUUUUUGCUCAAUGUAAAUAAAAUUGCUGUAGUUAACCCCAAUAAUAUUCUAGAGGUUUGUUGCUACUGUAAAAAAAUAAAAUAACUGAAGGAACAAAGAUGGACAAGAAUACUUUAUCAAGACAUUUUCUGAACUAUUAUCCUGUAUGGGAAGGAUUGGGUGACGGGACUGCCCUGUAAGUGGCAGCAAUGGUAUGUCUUUUUUAAAUAUGAUGCGUCAGCAAAUAAAGAGUUUUGAGUUGCUA